UGGCUUUUAGGAAGAAGACUGGUAUGGGGAAAUGUAUUCCUUGCUAGUUCUUCCAGGCCAUGGCGCUUCUCAGCAACUUUUUCCUUUGGUUUUUCUGCUUUUCCUGGCUGUGUUUUCCUAUUAGUCUUUGUUCUCGGGCUUCUACAGGAGAAGUUCAGAUUGCAGCGGGUGCUGAAUGGGAAGCUAAGGCUGAACCUUGGUCCUUGGUGCAGCCUCUAGAUGAAAAAGACAGAUUGGGCUUCCUUCCUCCUCUCUUCAAGGUUCUGUAUAAUGGGCAAGGUGACGCCCCUAGGCUGCAGCCAGACUCCAGAGCUUUGCGUUACAUGAAGAGACUCUAUAAGUCCUUUGCUACCAAGGAGGGGAUCCCUAAAUCCAACAGAAGUCCUCUCUACAACACUGUUCGGCUCUUCACAUCUUAUGCCCAGCACAAGCAGGCUCCUGGGGACCAGGAGACAGGAACCGUACCAUCCGUGGACCUGCUAUUUCACCUGGAUCGUGUUACUGCCGUUGAACACUUCAUCAAGUCAGUCUUGCUAUUUACUUUCAGCAACCCCAUUUCCUUUUCUUCUGCUGUGAAAUGUGUGUGCAACCUGAUGAUGAAGGAGCCCGAGUCUUCUAGCGGGAACCCCCAGAGAACUCCAUCCUCAUUGACCUUUGACUCCCAGUUUGAAUUUAGAAAGAAAUACAGAUGGAUUGAGGUGGAUGUGACUGCUCCUCUUCAGCCUCUAGUGGCCUCCAACCAAAGAAACAUUCACAUGUCUGUAAAUUUGACCUGUGUGAAAGCCCAGCUGCAGCCUCCUUCAGCACGUGACAGUCCCUUUAACGUGACUCUUCUGGUGCCCCUCUCACUGCUUUUAUAUCUGAACGACACGAGUGCCCAGGCUCAUCACAGGUGGUAUUCCCUUCACUGUAAAAGGAGGCCUUCCCAGGGUGCUGGCCAGAAGAGAGGGCUGUCUGCCCGUCCCCAGGGAGAAGAGUCAGCUGAGGCUGUACGACCUUCCCGUCAUCGGAGAGGUCAGGAGACUAUCGGCUUGGAACCUCAGAAGCCUCUGGUUCCAGCUUCUUUCAAUCUGAGCGAAUACUUCAAACAGUUUCUUUUUCCCCAAAACGAGUGUGAGCUCCAUGACUUUAGACUUAGUUUUAGUCAGCUGAAGUGGGACAGCUGGAUCGUGGCCCCGCACAGAUACAACCCUCGAUACUGUAAAGGCGACUGUCCAAGGGCACUUGGACAUCGGUAUGGCUCGCCAGUUCACACCAUGGUGCAGAAUAUCAUCCAUGAGAAGCUCGACUCCUCAGUGCCAAGACCCUCCUGUGUGCCUGCCAAAUACAGUCCUCUCAGUGUUCUGACCAUUGAGCCAGAUGGCUCAAUCGCUUACAAAGAAUAUGAAGAUAUGAUAGCCACUAAGUGCACCUGUCGUUGAUACUGGGUUCUCUAAACUAAAACCUGGAGCCUCUUCGGCAAAGAAAUGCCGUGCACCUCUCUGUGCCUUCAGGAGAAAGUUCCACGUGUGAAAUCUCAAUGUAGUAUGUCUUGUAUAAGGGGGAGCCUGUGUAGAUGAGCACAUUCUGUGGCAUCUAUCCAUGGAAAGUGGUAACAUCUUCCUGUUUAAUUUCCGGGUGUAAAUGAACUGUAAUUAUUUUGGAGGGCCCUAAAUUUCUUUCCCCUGUCUCUUGAACACAUCUGACUCU